AUGACUCCGACUCCGACUCCGCCUCCUGACGAUGCUUGGAUCCGUUCUCAUCACCAUCUGCUUCCCCAAUCGCAAUCGCUUCUCUCGUCCCACCGGCCAGGAAUGCUCUUUCAAUACGAACCAGAACUCGAUGCUUUCCUUGAGUUUCUCAUCUGGAGAUUCUCUAUUUGGGUUGACAAACCUACCCCGGGAAAUGCUCUCAUGAAUCUAAGAUACAGAGAUGAACGAGUAGCAGAGCAAUGGGGGAAAGUCAGGACAGGACUGGAAGGCCCCGGGCUUACUGCUCCACAAAAGAUUUGGUACUGUGUUGCCUCCGUUGGUGGUCAGUACCUCUUCUCCCGUUUGCAGUCAUUUUCUGCUUUCCGUAGAUGGGGUGAUUCUGAGCAGAGACCAUUGGCGAGGCGACUUUGGACCAUCAUUCAACGUGUCGAAGGCAUCUACAAAGCUGCUUCUUUUCUUAAUCUAUUGUCAUUUCUUUAUACGGGAAGGUACAGGAACCUAAUUGAAAAGGCUUUAAGAGCCCGGCUUGUCUACAGGAGUCCCCAUAUGAACAGAUCUGUCAGCUUCGAGUACAUGAAUCGCCAACUUGUCUGGAAUGAAUUUUCGGAAAUGCUGUUGUUGCUUCUGCCGCUGCUCAACUCUUCAGCUGUUAAGAACAUUCUUAGUCCAUUUGCCAAGGACAAGUCCUCAGGCAAUAAAGAGGAUGCAGUGACUUGCCCAAUUUGCCAAGUCGACCCUGCAAUUCCGUUUAUUGCUCUGCCUUGCCAGCACAGGUACUGUUACUACUGCAUAAGGACCCGCUGCGCUUCAGCAGCAUCAUUCCGGUGUCUUAGAUGUAACGAGCCUGUGGUUGCCAUACAACGCGAAGGUGUUUCAAGUGGCAAAUAA